UCCAACCCUCCACCGUCUCUCCCCUCCCACCUUCUCUUCUUCUACAGUAUGUUUGGGGGACGGCUGGUAAUUUCUUCUUCUCCUUGUCAUCUUGCUGGCUAGAAUCCUCCCCGUUAAUUCCUUCCGGGCCAGACGGAGCGACCGCAGUCCCGAUCGUCGAUCUAGCCCCGAAUCGACCACCGCAGAAACCACCUUGAUCGCUUCUUUUCCUCACCUCUUCAAGCAAUACAAGACGGAGAAAGUCACUCCCUGCGCGCUCGAGAUUAAUUCUUUAUCUUACAGUCGGGCUUGGCUACGAUGGCCGCGGCACGCCACAUGCGUCGCACUAGUCCCAUCACCCUCAUACUGGCGGCGCUCCUAGCCUUCGGCUUUCUCUGCUUCCUGCUGUCCCCUUCACCUUCUCCCGUUCCUGCAGCCGCCGCCGCCGCCGCCGGCGGCAACACCCCCGAUAUCGAAUCGGCCUCGUCGCAACUCCGCCUCGAAGACGCGGCCGAACACCCUCUCUCUCCGCCGACGAAACCGUUCGUGAAAUCCCAAUCGGUCCGACACGAUGGCCACCAAGCGCCCCCGCCGGUCGAACACUACAACCUGAACGCGUUGACCAGCACCAGCGACUCAGCGCGAAAGGGCGAGCGCGUGCUCAUCCUGACGCCGCUGGCGCGAUUUUACCAGGAAUACUGGGACAACGUGGUGAAGCUGAGCUACCCGCACGAGUUGAUCUCAGUGGGGUUCAUCGUGCCGAAGACGAAGGGGGGCAACGCGGCGGUGGCGGCGCUGGAGCGGGCGAUCGGACAGACGCAGAACGGACCGGUGGCCGAGCGGUUCGCCAGCAUCAGCAUCCUGCGGCAGGACUUCGAGCCCCCGAUCCAGUCGCAGGACGAGAAGGAGCGGCACAAGAUGUCGAACCAGAAGGCGCGGCGCGAGUCCAUGAGCCUGGCGCGCAACAGUCUGCUGUUCACGACCCUCGGCCCCAGUACCUCGUGGGUGCUGUGGCUGGACUCGGACAUCGUCGAGACGCCCCCAACCCUGAUCCAAGACCUCACGGCCCAUGACCGGCCCGUGAUUGUGCCGAAUUGCUUCCAGCGGUAUUACAACAAGGACGUGAAGAAGAUGGAUGUCCGACCCUAUGACUUCAACUCGUGGAUCGAUAGCUCCACCGCCCAGCAAUUGGCCGAUAUCAUGGGCCCCGACGAGAUCCUGCUGGAGGGCUACGCCGAGCUCCCGACCUACCGCAGCCUGAUGGCCCACAUGGCUAACAAGGACUAUCCGCGGCCCGAGCGCGAGAUCCAGCUGGACGGCGUGGGCGGUACGGCGUUGAUGGUCAAGGCGGACGUGCAUCGCGACGGGGCCAUGUUUCCUGCGUUUCCGUUCUACCAUCUCGUGGAGACGGAGGGGUUUGCCAAGAUGGCAAGACGGCUGGGGUAUUCGGUGUAUGGGUUGCCGGAUUAUUUUGUGUAUCAUUAUAACGAGUAGAUAACUAUAGGGGGUGUAAUCAUCUCUCAAGCGCUGUGCGCGUUUCAAUUGGCGGCUGUUCGAUUUUCAGGCGUCGAGAGAGGAAAGAUAGGAUAUGGCUCUGCAUGUGUUUAAUAUAGAGGUAUGAAGCCGACCAGAUAAAGCAUAC